GACCUAUAUUCGUGUGAGCAGGGUGGACCCUUGUGCUGAAACCGGUUGAAGUCUUUCGUUUAUACCACAGUUCGGAUAAUAGAGUUUAAAUACUCAAAAGAAAGGUGCUCACUCUGUGUAAAACCACCUGGUUCUCAAUAAUAUUGCUUCACGAAUCAAGACGCGUUGCGCUUGAAACUGAGAGCGGCAUAAUAACACAUCACGUGGACGCUCCCUGGGCGGACCUGGGGGAUAAAUGCAGCACUCCCCAGUUGUGACUAGACUGGAGCAGGCCAGGCAUGAGUGGAGCACACCUGGACGAAUGGCAGCGGAGGUCCUUUGACAUUUCAUCUGGCAACCGUACACCUGAACAGACGGCCGAUGCCUACCGGGCCCACAUCCUCUCCAUUCAGUAUGCAUGGGCAAGCUCCCAGCUCUCUCAGGCCGGCGCGGCCAGCCUGCUCGGGACCUACUCGGAGCGCUACGCCUCGGUGCUGGACUCGGAUGACCCCCGCACAGGGCUUAACAACUAUGCAGAUAGCGCGCUGCAUCUGGCCCGCAGUCAGAGGAACUACAGUGACAAAUGGGAGUCGUCUCUGACCAUGGAGAAUGUGCUGGAGCUGCCCUGCGUGCAGAGGAUGUUUCAGUCAGCGACACGGGGAGUAGGCUCUCUUGUGGCACCAGAAGAUGUGAACCUAUCUGUGGGAGGGCAGAGCGGGACACAGGCUGCAUUGUUCAAACCCAAACGUCCACCACAGCCUAAAGCAGAGGUCAACAACACCGUCACCUGUAAUCCUGCAGCUAAUUCGACUGUAGAGAGGCCAAUAGGCUCGGAGGGGUUUCCGAACGCCGUCUCCCGGCCUCCGGCCCGACCGCAGCCUGUGUUGAGUCAUUCUUCUCUGGUUCCUCCACAGGGAAAUCCUGGCACUUCAGGGGGGGGACAAAAGUCUCAGUCCUCCUUCUUCCCCACCUCCAACCCAUCAAAGCGGAAGAAUUUUUACAACCCAGAUGGAGGGGAUGGUGGCAGGGGGCAAACCGGAGGUCAAGCAGGCUCGGACCCACGAGCUGGAUGCAACUUUAAAACGGCUCGCGCACAGUUCAUCGUUGAUCAACAGAAAAAACACUCCAAUCCGCCCCAGAGGGGUCAGACCACCGGGAUGGCAGCAACUUUGAAGAAAUCUCUGGGUGCUAACAGGCCCCGCGGUACAUUCUCAAAGUUUGUGUCACCCAUUCCGCGACAGGAGGACGAGGAGGAAGGCGGGGCGAGCUGUGGUUCCCACCAGGAGCCUCAGAUCCUGGAUGAGCGUCUGAAAAACUUUGAGCCAAAGAUAAUCGAGCUGAUCAUGAGCGAGAUCAUGGACCACGGGCCUCCCGUCACAUGGGAUGACAUAGCCGGUCUGGAGUUUGCAAAGUCCACCAUUAAGGAGAUUGUGGUAUGGCCCAUGCUGCGACCCGACAUCUUCACUGGCCUCCGUGGUCCACCCAAAGGCAUCCUUUUGUUCGGACCCCCCGGGACUGGGAAGACUCUCAUCGGGAAAUGCAUAGCUUGCCAGUCAGGUGCCACCUUCUUCAGCAUCAGCGCUUCAUCCCUCACGUCCAAGUGGGUGGGCGAGGGAGAGAAAAUGGUGCGAGCCCUGUUUGCCAUUGCCCGCUGCCACCAGCCUGCGGUCAUUUUCAUCGACGAAAUCGACUCGCUUUUGUCCCAGCGGACCGACGGCGAGCACGACUCGACGCGUCGGAUAAAGACUGAGUUCUUGGUCCAGCUGGAUGGGGCGUCGACAGCCGCCGAGGAGCGCGUCCUGGUGGUGGGGGCCACCAACCGGCCUCAGGAGAUAGACGAGGCUGCCCGGCGGCGCCUGGCAAAGAGGUUAUACAUCCCGCUGCCCGAGGCAGCCGCUCGGUGGCAGAUAGUAACCAACCUCAUGACACCGGAGAAGAAGCGGCUCGGGGAGCAAGAGCUGGAGAGCGUGGUGAAAGCCACCGAGGGCUUCUCCGGGGCCGACAUGACUCAGCUGUGUCGAGAGGCAGCCCUGGGGCCCAUCCGCAGCAUCCAGCUGAGCGACAUCGCCACCAUUACCGCAGAUCAGGUGAGACCGAUCCUCUACGGCGACUUCCAGGAGGCCCUGAAGACGGUACGACCCAGUGUCUCACCCAAAGACCUGGAGCUGUAUGAAGACUGGAAUAAGACUUUUGGAUGUGGACGCUAAGCGCGGCUCCCGGUCCUCAUCUGGUUAAGUGUUUUCUACCAAACUUUCAGCUGGUGGGAACCAUCACUUUUGUAAUACUUUGUAUGUUGCAAACAAAGCAGGAACAUUGUCACAAGACCUUUCUGUAUGGAGAAAUCCCUUUGCUCAAUUUGCAUUGAAAUUAGUUCCAUAGGUUUAUAAGGGCCAGACUGAUGGAUUUGGACUGUUGUAGUUUGGUAUUUGCACCACUUUGCUUGAACUGUUUCUAAUACAUGUUUGAAUUGCUUUAUUUGCCAUGCCAAUAUGUUUUCCUAUUAAAUUGAAAUGAUCUUCAGUGUAUUGUGGCAUCUUCCCUUACUCAAACCUCCCAUCUACUCCACAGAGGGGAGUCUUUUGCUGAGAGCUUUAUUGGCACAUCCCUAGUAUCAUCCCUGAAAUCUUCCUGAGGCCACAUGUGCUAAUCGCAUCCACGGAAGUUGGGCAACGCGCGGCGCAUCCUGGGUUUCAUGUUGUGAAAAGUUGCCUCUCUUCCAGUUAAUGAUUAAGAGCAAUCGACUCAACAGGAAAACCUGUUUCUGCAAUACCUUGUUUUCAUUAAAAAAAGAAGCUUGAGCUCAAUAAUUCGAACAUUAGUGCUCGGCCUAAUUCACAGGGUUCACAGCUGAUUUUGAUGUAUGUGCUAUAUUUCCAAACUGUGACAUCUCUCAGCUAUAAAAUGACAACUCGCUCGGCUCCACACAGCAGAAACCUGGUUAGUCCGCUCAGAGGUUCUUCAAAUGUUGACCGACUCGUCGGUGGUCAAACGCACAUCAGGGAGGACCAUUAUAGAUUGUACACACAUAAAAUGAAAUUCUCAUGUAAAUUUAAUGGAACAAUCUUUGAAAAUCUGGAACCCCAUGAAAGAAGACUUUCAUUUAUUUUUCAUCUUUUCGGUCAGAUCCCUGAUAAAUAUUUCAGACGUGUGGUUGGCGAUUGUAUUGAAACUUUGUUGAGUUAGCCAGCAGCUAAAUUUGUCGGCCA